UUCCGUAGAGUCGCGACGGUAUAUUGAACAAGUAUAUUAUGAAGCAGAUCGCGCGGAGACGGAGACGGAGACGACGUAUUCUCUCUCGCGACGUAUAAAUUCGCGUCCAUAUCUCUUUUACAUGCAAGUUCGGCUUACUGCUCAUUAAGCGUGGCGAGUGGCGAGUGGCGAGUGGCGGGUGGCGGGUGGCGACUGUUGCGACUGUGUUGCGAGUUGCGUGAUUCCAGUCUACAUCGAGCAUGAACGUCACAUAUGUAAAUGGCGAGGAGUGUAUGUACGUGACGUAUCGACGAUAUAAAAAGGAGAAAUUAUUUGCGGUGCGAGUGCUUUGUUAAGUCGAUCCGUUAACAGCCAACGCAGCUCGCGCGUUGUUAACGGAUGAGAUAGACGAUCUGUAUGAUUUUCCGUGUCGGUGGACGACACUUGUGCAAGAGGAUGCCGAGUUGACCUAUCACGAAGAAUGGAAUGCCUUGUACAACGAGUAUUGAAAUAAAAUCGAUCCGUUCGGUUUUCUAGCUAUUCAAAGUUGUAAGAUGGCGGAAGUUGAUCCCGAGACUUUGCUAGAAUGGCUCAGUAUGGGGCAAGGAGACGAGAGGGACAUGCAGUUAAUCGCAUUGGAACAAUUGUGUAUGCUGUUACUCAUGUCCGACAAUGUGGAUCGUUGCUUCGAAUGCUGUCCUCCGCGGACCUUCCUCCCGGCUCUCUGCAGAAUCUUUCUGGAUGAAUUGGUACCAGAUAGCGUGCUCGAAGUGACCGCUCGAGCCAUCACGUACUACUUGGACGUCUCGGCGGAAUGUACGCGCAGAGUGGUCGCCAUGGAGGGUGCCGUAAAGGCUAUCUGCAGUCGCCUCUCUGGCGCUGGACUCGGCUCCAGGGUCAGCCGAGACUUGGCGGAGCAAUGUAUAAAGGUAUUGGAACUUGUGUGCGCGAGAGAGGCGGGUGCCGUGUUCGAGGCUGGUGGUCUGCCUUGCGCCUUGUGUUUCAUCCGAGAGCACGGAGCGCGCGUACACCGGGACACGUUGCACUCGGCGAUGGCAGUCGUUACUCGAUUAUGCGGCAAGGUUGAACCUCAAGAUAAGGCUCUGCCCGAUUGCGUAGAGGCUCUAUCGGUUUUACUGAGGCACGAGGACGCACAUGUCGCCGACGGGGCGCUUCGUUGCUUCGCCUCGCUGGCCGACAGAUUUUCCAGAAGGGGAACGGAUCCCGCGCCGCUGGCAUCCAACGGAUUAGUUUCUGAACUUUUGUACCGACUAUCAAAUGCAGCAGGCCCUGGCACAUCCGCCACGGCAACUUGCAGCAACCCAAAGACACCCCCGCCAUCCAGUACCGUGAGCACAGUUCCAACUCCGGAACCAAAGUCCUGCGCCUCUGUCUCGACCAUAAUCAGCCUCUUGUCGACCCUUUGCAGAGGCUCACCGUCCAUCACGCACGAUCUCCUACGCUCGGAAUUGCCAGACGCGAUAGAAAAGGCACUAAAGGGAGACGAGCGAUGCGCUCUUGACUCCAUGAGACUGAUCGACCUUUUACUAGUCUUACUGUUCGAGGGCAGAUCGGCGUUGGGACGUAGUACUAGCGGCGGCCCGUCUGGCCCCUUGCUACCAAGACUGAGACGUUUGGAUAGCGCCGGAGAAAAGUCCCACAGGCAAUUGAUCGACUGCAUACGUUCCAAGGACACGGAUGCGUUGAUCGAGGCGAUCGACACGGGAGGGAUCGAAGUUAACUUUAUGGACGACGUCGGACAAACCUUACUCAAUUGGGCUUCGGCAUUCGGCACGCAAGAGAUGGUCGAGUUUCUCUGCGACAGAGGAGCGGACGUAAACAAAGGUCAACGAUCGUCCAGCUUACAUUACGCGGCUUGUUUCGGAAGACCGGCUAUCGCCAAGGUUCUCCUCAGGCACGGUGCCAAUCCUGAUUUGCGGGACGAGGAUGGUAAAACGCCUCUGGAUAAAGCCAGAGAACGUGUCGACGAAGGACACAGAGAGGUAGCAGCCAUUUUACAGUCGCCUGGAGAAUGGAUGUUGCCACCGAGUCAAGAGCAUAGGAAACUUGAGACGGAAGUGGAAGAAUUUACGGAACCCAAGGGCGAUCCUGAAAUGGCGCCUGUUUACCUGAAAAGAUUGUUGCCGGUGUUUUGUGCAACUUUUCAGUCGACUAUGUUACCAAGUGUUAGAAAAGCGAGCUUAAGUUUGAUUCGAAAAAUGGUGCAUUACAUCCAGCCAGAAUUGCUCAUAGAAACUUGUGGAUCUGAUAGAACCGGAGGAUGUGGAGCUAUGCUCGUAGAAGUAAUUGCCAAUGUUUUGGACAAUGAGGAAGAUGAGGACGGUCAUUUGGUUGUCUUGCAAAUGAUACAGGAUCUGAUGAUUAAAGGCAAAGAUGAAUUCUUAGAACAUUUCGCACGUUUAGGAGUAUUUUCAAAAGUUGCCGCUUUAGCCGGACCACAAGAGACUACACCCGAGCCAGAAGCAGAAUCGAAUCAAGUGGGAGAAGAGCAAAGAAUGGAAGAUGCGAAAGAAUUGUUAAUAGGAAGAGCGUAUCAUUGGAGAGAUUGGUGCAUAUGUCGAGGACGUGAUUGUCUUUACAUCUGGUCCGACGCGGCAGCUCUAGAACUAUCGAAUGGAAGUAACGGAUGGUUUAGAUUUAUCCUUGACGGCAAACUGGCAACUAUGUACUCUAGCGGAAGUCCAGAAGGUGGAACGGACACAUCGGGAAAGGGGAGGAACACAGAGUCGCUUACCACUGAAGAAAAUCGUGGGGAAUUUCUAGAGAAACUACAGAGAGCGCGUAGUCAGUUGAAAGUGAAUUUUGUAAGUCAGCCUGUGCUCUCUCGGCCUGGCACCACACGUCUGGUCGUAGGAAAUUGGGCAUUAUCCAGCAGAAAAGAGAGCGAAUUGUGUAUACAUAAUAGCGAUGGCCAACAACAGGCGACCAUUCUAAGGGAAGACUUGCCAGGUUUUAUCUUUGAGUCAAACAGAGGUACUAAGCAUUCCUUUACAGCGGAAACGAGCUUAGGUCCAGAAUUCGCAGCGGGUUGGACUGGCAAAAGGGGCAAGAGAUUAAGGUCAAAGAUCGAAGCGAUUAAACAAAAGGUAAAGGUACAGGCGCAGGAGAUAUACGAGCGUUACUUCAAAGCGGCACAAGCACAACCACGCGGUGUAGUCGCUAAGCUCGGUGCCAUUGUCAAUCAGAUAGAGAGAGCGUCUCAGAAGCAACAAUCUGGAAGUCGCGAAUGGCGCAAUAUAUUGCAAACUGCGUUAGAACAGCUGAAAGUAUUGUUGAAUGAGGAGGGUCGAGUGUCCGCGUACGAGCUACACUCGAGUGGUCUUGUGCAGGCGUUGCUCGCCUUGCUGGCUGCGCCUCCUGGACCCUCGCCCCCGACCCUGAGAGCGACCAAGCUCAGAAUGCAAAGGAUAACCGCGUUCAAGAGCUGCUUCCAAACCAAGGACACGAAUAAGGAGCCUAACUCGGCGAAAAUUUUAGUCCACAAGUUGGUCUCGGUGCUGGAAUCGAUAGAAAAGUUACCGGUAUAUCUGUACGACACACCCGGAUCGGGCUACGGCUUACAGAUCUUGACAAGGAGAUUACGCUUCCGACUGGAGAAGGCUUCUAGCGAGAGCGCGUUAAUAGACCGAUCCGGUCGUAGCUUAAAGAUGGAACCGUUGAGCACGAUACAGCAAUUGGAGAACCAUCUGUUGAAAAUGGUAGCCAAGCAAUGGCACGACCACGACAGAUCGACGUUCGCGUUUGUCAAGAGAUUAAAGGAAGAAGGUAGAAUAACGUUCAAGUAUCAGCACGAUUUCGACGAGAACGGCUUGCUAUAUUGGAUCGGAACGAAUGCUAAAACUUGUUCCGAAUGGGUGAAUCCGGGCCAGUACGGUCUAGUCGUCGUGACGUCGAGCGACGGACGAAACCUGCCGUACGGCCACCUCGAGGAUAUACUCAGCCGUGACCCGUCGGCAUUGAAUUGUCACACCAACGACGACAAACGGGCGUGGUUCUCGAUAGACCUUGGCGUCUGGAUUAUCCCGAGCGCAUACACCUUGAGACACGCGAGAGGAUACGGUAGAAGCGCCUUGAGAAACUGGAUGUUUCAAGCGUCCAAGGAUGGCAUCACCUGGAUUACGUUGUACGCUCAUGUAGACGAUUGCUCUCUAAACGAGCCAGGUAGCACGUCUACCUGGACGUUGGAGCCACCGGGCGAGGAGACGCAGGGCUGGCGGCAUCUACGUCUACAGCAAAUUGGGAAGAAUGCGUCCGGACAAACGCAUUACCUGUCCGUGUCUGGCUUCGAGGUUUACGGAGAGGUCACUGGAGUAUGCGAAGAUUUAGGUCGCGCAGCGAAGGAGGCCGAGGCCGGCGUGCGGAAGCAACGGAGGUUUAUCAAGACGCAAGUUCUCAAACAUUUAGCUGCGGGGGUUCGAGUCGCUAGAGGUCUAGAUUGGAAAUGGAGGGAUCAGGAUGGCGUACCACCAGGCGAAGGUACAGUCACGGGAGAAUUGCACAACGGAUGGAUAGACGUAACGUGGGAUCACGGUGGAUCGAAUUCGUACCGGAUGGGUGCCGAGGGAAAGUACGACCUCAGAUUGGUUGGCGCUGGUCUCGACACGGACAGCGCCGCAAAAUGUAAGAGCGGCGGGGGCGUUUUGACGGGUCGAAAGUCAAACAGUACUCCUAGUCUACCCGAUUGCACCGAUACCGCUAUGCGUGGCUCGGUAGCUUCUACGGAUCAAGCCGCGAGCGCGGAUAAUCUAGCGGCAAAGCAGGCUGCCGAAUCGAUAGCCGAGAGUGUGCUAUCGGUGGCCCGUGCGGAAGCAGUGGUUGCCGUGACCGGGGAGAGCGGAGCGAACUCGACGAGCGAGCUUUCCGUCGUAUUGCAUCCUAGACCGGACACGACCGUUACUAGCGAUCUAGCCACUAUCGUCGAGAGCCUCACCCUCAAUACGGACUGCCCGGUUAACAGCACUAGUAACCGGGCGUCCAGUUCGAAACCACUUUUCGCCACGGUACGAGGAAACAAGGCUAGCGGAGGCUUGCUGAGUUUGGAAACCGCGGAAGUUCUCGACCGUAUGAGAGAAGGUGCUGACAGAUUACGUAACAAUACCAACAGUUUUCUGAGUGGUGAGCUACUUGGUUUAGUUCCCGUUAGAAUCAGCGUCUCCGGCGAGUCGGAGGAAAACUCGUUGAGGAUUAAAUCUGUACCGAGACAUCAUCCUACUGGGAUCGCGGAUGUUGCUAAAGACUGUACUCGAGAGAAAGAAGCUAGCUCGUCUACGCAAAAUGCAACGGGCGGUUGUCCUGUUGUGGUUACCAAUCCCAUGUCGGUAUCUGUGCCUAAUCUCGCUUGUUCCGAUGCUAACAAUACCUUGGAAUCAACAGCUGCUACUGGUUUAUUGGAAACUUUUGCCGCAAUGGCGCGAAGACGAACAUUAGGACCUGCGGGUGGGCAGCAUCUCGCCUCAAAUUCUAAUACGAGUUGUAAUCCAAUUCGAGGACCGAAUUCUGUAUCUAGUCUCGUACGAUUGGCACUCAGUCCCAAUUUUCCUGGUGGUUUACUUAGUACGGCGCAAAGCUAUCCAAGUUUGACGAGUAGCGGACAAGUAGCCGGUAGUGGCGUCACUACGACAACUGGACCAGGUUUAGGACAAGCGCUUACCAUGUCUCUGACUAGUACAAGUAGCGAUAGCGAGCAGGUCAGUCUUGAAGAUUUCUUGGAAUCCUGCGGAGGUGUAGCGACUUCUAGCACUGGAGGAGGUCGUACUACCGGUGGCCCUACGCUUUUGACCGAGUUGGAAGAUGACGAGGACGGUGUCCUGGAAGAGGAAGAGGAUAAUGAAGAAAAUGAUCAAGAAGAGGAAGAUGAAGAAAAUGAGGAAGAAGGUGACGGCUGCGAAGGCGAGUACGAAGAAGUAAUGGUAAGUCGUAAUCUCCUCGCGGCAUUCAUGGAAGAAGAAGCACCGCAGAGUAGCAAGAGGCGCGCAUGGGACGACGAGUUUGUAUUGAAGCGUCAAUUUUCCGCUCUUAUUCCUGCUUUCGAUCCACGUCCUGGCCGAACCAACAUCAAUCAGACGACGGAUUUGGAAGUUCCCCCUCCUGGUAGCGAAGCGCAAGUCAACAGUCGCAUCGGGUCGUUGCCUAUGCCUAGACUUUCCUUGUCGUUGAAAGGACCAGGUUUCCCAGGCAUACCGGAUGUCGAGAUAUCGCUUUCGGACGCGCACGCUAGUAUUUUCCAAGCGGUCCAGGAACUGAUGCAGUUAACCGAAUUGGGCAGCCGUCAGGAGAAGUUGAAAAGGAUAUGGGAACCAACCUACACAAUAAUAUAUAAAGAAGCGAGGGACGAGGAAUCGUCUGGCAGAGCGACCCCGAUCGUCACGCUGUACUCACGUAAUCCGACGCAAAACGCAAACGCAUGCACCGUCGAGGAUGUUCUACAACUGUUGAGGCACGUAUUUGUUCUGGGCACUAUCCGGGACGAGGACGCCUCGACGGAGCAGGACGAGUCGAACGACACGACCUAUUGGCUUCACCCGGAUGAUUUUACAUCGAAAAAGAUCACCAACAAGAUCGUACAGCAGAUUCAGGACCCGUUGGCUCUGGCCGCCAGUGCGCUGCCCAAUUGGUGCGAGGAGCUCGCGCGAAGCUGCCCGUUUCUACUACCUUUCGAAACGAGACGACUCUACUUCAGUUGCACCGCUUUUGGUGCUUCGCGAUCAAUCGUAUGGUUACAAACGCAACGAGACGCGAUCCUCGAGCGGCAAAGGGCACCGGGUCUAAGCCCACGGCGCGAUGACAGCCACGAAUUUCGUGUCGGCCGGCUCAAGCACGAAAGAGUCAGCGUACCAAGGGGAGAGAAGCUGUUGGAUUGGGCGGAGCAAGUGUUGAAGGUGCACGCGAGCCGCAAGAGCAUACUCGAGGUAGCGUUCGUGGGAGAAGAGGGCACCGGUCUCGGGCCUACCUUGGAAUUCUUUGCACUAGUCGCCGCGGAAUUGCAACGCAAGGACCUUGGGCUCUGGUUAUGCGACGACACCGCCGACGACAACGCCACGCGAAUCUCAAACGAGGAGCAAACGUGCGUGCCCGGAGAGAAGAUUCGGCCUGCGGGAUAUUACGUGACGCGUGCCAGUGGCUUGUUCCCAGCCCCAUUGCCACAAGAUUCGGCAGGUUGCGAUCGCGCUGUUCGAUACUUCUGGUUCCUAGGAGUCUUCUUGGCAAAAGUUCUCCAGGAUAAUAGAUUAGUAGAUUUACCGUUAUCCCGUCCAUUCUUAAAAUUAAUGUGCCGUGGUGAUAUCUCGAACAAUGUUAACGAAAAGAUCGGUCUUACCGGCGUUACGCAGGAGAGCAUGUCAUCCAGUAUGUCUAGUAGCUUUAUAUCGGAAGAAGGAGAAAACGAUGCAGCAUACUCGUCGUUGGAACCUUGUCCAUGGUACGCCGGUUUAUUGGACAUAGAGGACCUCGUUGAAGUAGAUCCUGUAAGGGGAGAAUUUCUCCGAGAGAUACAAAACGCGAUCGCGAAGCGCGACAGAACCUUUUCCGAUGGACCAAGCUCCACUGACGAAGAAACGUCGUUAUACAUUACUCAUCCAUCGGGUACUUCGGUAGCUAUCGAAGAUUUAGCAUUAACCAUGACGUAUUCACCAAGUUCGAAAGUUUUUCAACACGAUCAAGUGGAAUUGGCAGAAGGUGGCUCGGACGUUGCAGUAACGAUAGAGAAUGCGAGGGAAUACGCGAACCUUACGAUCAAUUACUGCCUUAACCAGGGAAUUUAUAGACAACUCGAAGCCUUCAAGUCGGGCUUCUCAAAAGUCUUUCCGAUGGAAAAGCUCCAUGUCUUUAGUCCAGACGAGAUGAGAGCGAUGCUUUGUGGCGAACAGAAUCCACAAUGGACGAGAGAAGAUUUGCUCAAUUACACCGAGCCAAAACUAGGAUACACAAAGGACAGUCCUGGUUUCCAAAGAUUUGUCAACGUGUUGUUAUCAUUGACUGGCUCCGAGAGAAAAGCGUUCUUACAAUUUGCCACCGGUUGUUCGGCUCUACCUCCAGGAGGUUUGUGUAAUCUACACCCCAGAUUAACUGUCGUGCGGAAAGUGGACGCUGGUUCUGGUGGUUAUCCUUCUGUUAACACCUGUGUUCAUUAUUUAAAAUUACCGGAAUAUCCUACCGAGGAACUCCUAAGAGAAAGGCUAUUGGCUGCUACCCGAGAAAGAGGGUUUCAUUUGAAUUAAAUUUAUGCUUUUGUCCCAAAAUUCAAUCAAAUUAGUUGUAGAGAUUAUGUGAAAAC